AUUUUUAACAACUAAAACCGGAAGCGGGUUGUUUGUCUCGCGUGUAGCUUGACGCUGGUGCCUGACAGCUGCCACACUGGACUCGGACUGAGCCGAACUGUUGUUCCUGUGAUGCUCCAGGGCGGGCUGAGCUGGUCGGGGUCGCGAUGCCGUACGUGGACCGACAGAAUCGCAUCUGCGGAUUCCUGGACAUCGAGGAGAAUGAGAGCAGCGGCAGGUUCCUGCGCAGAUACUUCAUCCUGGACACCCAGCAGGGAAACCUGCUGUGGUACAUGGACAACCCACAGAAUCUGCCUAAAGGUGCAGAGAAGGUGGGAUCUCUCAAACUCACCUACAUCUCCAAAGUCAGUGAUGCAACCAAACUCAGACCGAAGGCAGAGUUCUGCUUUGUUAUAAAUGCAGGAAUGAGGAAGUUUUAUCUGCAGGCCAACGACCAGCAGGAUUUGGUGGAAUGGAUCAGUGUUCUCAACAACGCCACCAAGAUUACUGUGCCAAAGGCAGGCGAGGGCCACGCCGCCCACGCAGAGACUCCCCAGGAAGCCCUUGGAGCCAUGAAACAGGUCUCCUACAAGACUGAGAUCAUCGGAGGAGUCCCUAUCAUCACUGCCACACAGGAGCAGGGGGAGGGGCAGAACGGGGCGGACCGCGGAGGUUUGAAGCGUGGGCAGAAUCAGCUGCCCUACUUCCUGUCCAGAGGAGCUCAGGACCAGGCCGUCAUCAAGGCUGGAUACUGUGUCAAACAGGGAGCUGUGAUGAAGAACUGGAAGAGGAGGUACUUCAUGCUGGAUGAAAACGCCAUCAGCUACUAUAAAUCUGACCUGGAGAGGGAGGCGCUGAAAGUCAUCCCGCUGAAGGAGAUUCACAAAGUGCAGGAGUGCAAACAGAGUGAGCUGAUGAUGAGGGACAACCUGUUUGAAAUGGUCACCAGCUCCAGAACCUUCUAUAUACAGGCUGACAGUCCAGAGGACAUGCACAGCUGGAUUAAGGCCAUCUCCGGGGCGAUCGUGGCUCAGCGCGGCCCCGGACGCUCCGCUAACACUAUCCGUCAGGCCAGAAGGCUGUCCAGCCCUUGUAUACAGAGGUAUACACCAUUCUGCAGUGGUGAAUGCAGCACGAACGCAGUGACCACUCCUCUCCCUCCCCAACAUCCUCCUCCACCUUCUACUACCCCCUUGACCAGGAGCUACACUACCCACAAUCCUCCUCCAGCGCCACCUCAUCGGGCCCUCAGCCUCACACUGGACAUGCACCACCAGGACAACUUCCUGGGCCUGCUUCCGUGGAGGCUGAGCGGCGUCCAGUCCGUGAUGAUGCCCCUCCCAUCGGCGCGCUCCCGCCUGUCGCUGCAGGAGACGGUGCAGUCUUCAAAGUAACGGAGGAGAUCGAGUCCCCGUGGAAACGCCGCAGCGAGAUCGCCCGGCUGGGAUUUGUUGACGGCGAUGGCGGGGAGCAGCUUAACAGUCGACCCACUGAGAAUUCUGACCUGCAGAUGACAAUGAUUUGAUGAUAAUUCUUGACAAUCUCUAAAGGACACACACACACACACACACACACACACACACACACACACAUACACACACACACACUUCUACACAAGCUCCGUGUGCUGACUGCGCCGCGUGCUUAGAAAACUACCUGACCGGUCACAUGAUCCUUCAACAAAACUUCCUGGGACCAUUUAAUGUUCGUGUGUGCACAUGUGGAAUAGGACCUUCUUCUUCCUCUGCUGUUUUCUCCUUCACGUUUGUCUUCCCGGAUAUUAUUCACAAAGUAUUGCUGCGGGGCAAACAGAAACCGUGUAAAGAAAAAAAACAAAUCUUUAAUUGUACAGUGAAGUUUUAACGUGUUUCAGUAGCACAAGAAUCACUAAACCCGGCUCGUAAGAAACGGAUGAACCAAAGUUUGCAGUCGUUUGGUUUUUCAACAGCAGCGGCAUGAAAAAACUGUGUCAGUCGUCUGUGACGCUGAGAGACUGACUAAUCCAGCGUCUCGGUUUAUUUUCGAAGACAAUCCCACUGAAUAUUUUAACACUGGAGAGCUUUUUACCUUCUUCUUUCUCUCAUCUCCAGUUGAAGAGUUCAUCCUGUCAAAGAUGUUUUAAAUCCAGACUCACUUAAAAAUGCUUUUUUAAGGGACGUUCAAUGAAUUAUGCUCUUGAAUUUAUUUUGAAAAAUGAUCCAUAUGACAGAAGGUCAGAGCAUUUUCUAAAUGUUAGGGCUUACACACACAAGCAUUUAUAAUAGUUAAAUUAAAUACCAAGACAGGUUAAUAACAGUUUAAUCUGUGGAUUCACUUUUGGGGGUGAAGUAAAUCUAACCUGACGGGCCAGAUAUUUGACACGGAACCUUCUGGCACUUUCAAAAACAUGAUUUUCAGGUGAUCGUCUAUCACACACUGACUUCAACCAAUCAGAGUGCUACCAGCGGAGCUAGCUGGUAAAUCAAACUCAGAAUUGAUGAAAGCGCUCGGUGCCGUUCUCUGCUCGUCUUUUUAUACAUUUAAACUCUGCAGGAGUAUAAACGCUCCACCAAACUGAAGCAUCAGGUUUCGAGUGGACGGUACAAACGUAUGUUGUAUUGUGUAGUUAGCGAGCUAACUAGCUUGCUCAGUGGUCGUUAGCUUCCUGGUUGGCUGCCAUGUUAGCCCCAUGAGUGCUUAACGCGUCAACACACUUCCAGCAGCGCCUGUUUGGCGAGCUAGAAGCUGUGCAUUAAGAUUGAUGCAUUUAAGCAAAACAUAAACCAUCAACAUAUUUCCAGCAGUAAUCCUGAGCCAUUUAUUAUUUUUGAAAAUGUAUCAUUCAUAAAAAUAAAAGACAGACAGACAUCUCCUCAUCUACGGAGACAGUAUGUGGAUUUUUUUCGAUGCGAGGUAAAACAUAGUUAUAAAACGUUGACAUUUCUGAUAAAAAUCAACACAAACUCAAAACUGAAUCCAGAGAAGAUUGUAAAUCUUUCAGCUGAAGCAAAAACAUGAAGUUUACCAAAGCAGUGGAACAUUUGAGUUUGAUAAAUGACUCGACCCCCAGAGAACCUGAGCUGAGCGCUGACAGAGAAACAUUUAAAGGUUUCUGCGUGUUUCUUAAGAUAAAGACGACUGCACACAGCAGCAGAGAUUCAAGGACGCUGCUGUGGACUGAAGUGUCGAGGGACUGAUUCUCAUUCUGCUCACCAGCUUAACUCACCUCACCUGCUGCACUGUGCUCUCAUGUGACCGCUCCUUUGUGACUCCAUCACACGUCGAUGUAUUUGUUUUAAUGUUUUUAGUGAAAAGAUAUUGGGAGACAUGAAACCAAACUCAUAUUGUUGAUUUGUUGACCUGUAAAUGUUGUUUUUGGACUCGGGAGCUGCAGACGGCCGCGGUCCUGGUUCGGUUCCUGUCGGCUCUCAGGUUGCCGUGGGAGACGGGCCGCGGGUGUUUUUUCUUUGUUCUGAUGUGUUUUUACUUUUGAUGACCUUACUGUUCACAGUGAUGAGAUGCUUUUGAGGAAAAAUAAAUACAUAUAU